CAGAAGCGACCGUUUAGUUUACGUGACGCAUACGACAAUUGUUUAUUAUCACCCUUAUUUAAUCGUAUUUGACGUCUAAUAUAUAUGUAGUUAUACGCUAAGGUAGUCUCCUUCCUUUUUGCAAGCGUAAAUUGUGUUUUUUUUUCUGUUCGCCUCGAGUGCACAACGUAAACAAAGUGGUGUCAAACGUUGCAACUAGCUAACGUAAACGAAAAAACAACGCUGCAGCGGAGAGGAGUUUGUUAUCGCCAACAUGAGAGGGAGUUCCUCAUAUGGGGACAGAGACAGAGACCGAGGACGGGACAGGCCUCGGUUUGGGGCCAUGAGUGGUCGCAGUGGCCCCCCGCCCAUGAAGUUUGGGAAUCCAGGGGAACGUCUCCGCAAGAAGAGAUGGAACCUGGACGAGCUGCCAAAAUUUGAGAAGAACUUCUAUGCUGAACAUCCAGAAAUCCAACACAAAAAUCAGUAUGAAAUGGAAGAGUUUUGCAGGAAGAAGGAGAUCACCAUCAGAGGCUCUGGCUGUCCAAAGUCGAUCACUGCUUUUCACCAUGCGCAGUUUCCACAAUAUGUGAUGGAUGUGCUGAUGCAUCAGAACUUCAAGGAACCCACAGCCAUCCAGGCUCAGGGUUUCCCUGUGGCCCUGAGUGGCAGGGACAUGGUGGGGAUUGCACAGACUGGCUCUGGAAAGACACUGGCUUAUCUUCUUCCUGCUAUUGUGCACAUCAAUCAUCAGCCGUAUCUAGAGAGAGGAGAUGGUCCAAUUUGUCUGGUGCUGGCUCCAACCAGAGAGCUGGCCCAGCAGGUUCAGCAGGUGGCAUAUGACUAUGGCAAGUCUUCCCGAAUCAAAAGCACCUGUGUCUAUGGUGGAGCACCCAAAGGGCCGCAGAUUCGAGACCUUGAGAGGGGUGUUGAGAUCUGCAUUGCUACACCUGGUCGCCUCAUUGACUUCUUGGAGGCAGGGAAGACUAACCUGCGUCGCUGCACCUACCUAGUGCUGGAUGAAGCUGAUCGCAUGCUGGACAUGGGCUUUGAGCCGCAGAUUCGCAAGAUAGUUGAACAGAUCAGGCCUGACAGACAGACCCUGAUGUGGAGUGCAACCUGGCCAAAGGAGGUUCGGCAGCUUGCGGAAGACUUCCUGAGGGACUAUGUCCAGAUAAAUAUUGGUGCCCUGGAGCUCAGUGCCAACCACAACAUCCUGCAGAUUGUUGAUGUGUGCAUGGAGAACGAAAAGGACCACAAACUUCUGCAGCUGAUGGAGGAGAUUAUGGCGGAAAAGGAGAACAAAACCAUCAUCUUUGUGGAGACCAAGAAACGUUGUGAUGAUCUGACGAGAAAGAUGAGGAGGGAUGGGUGGCCAGCCAUGUGUAUCCAUGGAGACAAGAGCCAGCCAGAGAGAGACUGGGUACUCACAGAAUUCCGAAGUGGCAAAGCUCCCAUCCUGAUUGCCACUGACGUUGCCUCUCGUGGUCUUGAUGUGGAAGACGUCAAGUUCGUCAUCAACUAUGACUAUCCCAGCUCCUCUGAGGAUUACGUCCAUCGUAUUGGACGUACAGCCCGCAGUACCAACAAGGGCACUGCAUACACCUUCUUUACCCCAGGGAACUUGCGGCAGGCCCGUGACCUUGUCCGAGUGUUGGAGGAGGCCCGGCAGGCCAUCAAUCCUAAACUGCUUCAGUUUGUGGAUUCGGGCCGUGGUGGAGGAGGCGGUGGCAGAAUGCGUUACCGGGGCAGCAACUCCAGCAACCCUAACCUAAUGUACCAGGACGAGUGUGAUCGCCGCAUGCGCUCUGGUGGAGGUGGCAGCAAAGACAACCGCCACAACAACCGUGAUGGAGACCGCUCCUCUUCCUCCUACAGGGACAGAAGCCGUGAUCACAGGAGCAGCUACAACUCUGGCUCAGAUCACUACCAGAGCUACAGCAGCGGCGGGGGCUUCAACUCCCGCAGCGGAGCACAGUCCGGUGGUGGUGGAGGUCAGAACCAGCCUAGCCAGCCGCAGCCCCAGUUUGGCCAGCCUCCUCCACCUCCACCAUCAGGGGGGCCACUACAUCUGAUGGCUCAGCAGUUUGCUCCACCGCAACCCCCUUUAAUGGGCUUCAUAGGGCAACCGCCAUACUCCUUUGCCUCUCCUCCCCCUCCUCCUUCUGGCCCACCACCUCCCCGGAAGUAGAAAAGUUAAGUUGUACUACUUUAUUUUUGCUCUCCAGCUCAACAGGCUGGAGUAUGAAAAGGGAAUUAUCUGAGGAGGUAAGGGCUCAUAUUUUCUAUUUGUUUUAUGUUUUGAAUACGGCAUACAUGUCUGGAACUUUACGUAUCCUCUAGAAAUGGAAAAUGUAACCUUUGUGUUCAAAGUUGCUCUCAUAUAUCGCGCAGGAGCAAGUUUCUUGUGUUUUCAUUUCAGUCAAACACUACAGCGGUGGAUUUCACAGUCGUUUGUUGCCACAUAUCAGCUGUUUGGGUAGAAUGAAAACUAGCUUACAGACAAUAACACAUCCAUAGUUUGUGGUUUAGAGUGCUGGUCUAGGGGAAAAAAGUAAAUGAUUUAUAUCAGGGACCAUAUUAUUAUUAUUAUUAUUACUAUUACUAUCUGUUAUUACUUAUUGUUUUGGUUUGGGCUUUGUGUUAUCUUAAAUACAGUCAUUGUAAUGGACUGUCAUGCUAGGUUUUGAUAUAAGGGAAAUAUCAUGCAUGUUUUUACAUGUCUGUGUCUUGUAGCAAGUAAAAACAUCUGUUUCUAUUUUCUUGUGACUGAUUUAAUGAAGAGGUCAGUUGAUACAAACUCGUUUUAAAUGCUCUGCACACCCACACUGGUGUUUUCACUUAUUCAGGCUAUUUUGACCUCUGCUCAGGUUGAAGUUGAACCAGGAUGAUAUACAGUAGCUAGAAAAAGUUAAUAUUUCAAUCAAGCACAGUGUGUGUACAUGCCUGCAGUCUUCAGACAAUGUCCCAUUUGGCAAAAGAAGUGAAAACAGCUGUGUGGAUGUACUGAGCAUGCGUUGAGCAUUCUUUGUUUGUCUUCUAGUGCUCUAUUUCUUAAUAAAGAACAACUUGA